AUGUCUGGUGCAAUAUUUUUCAACAAUAACAGUAAUGAUGGUAACCUUCAUUAUGGAGGAAUCAAUAUCACCGAGAGACCAAUAUGUGCAGAGAAAGGUUUUUCAUGUCCAGCCUUAUACAGUACGAUCCAGCUCAUUUCAUACUUUACGACAGUUGCUGAUUUCAUAAUUAUAUCAUUUUUGGUUUAUUUAUCAAUUGUGAAAGUGAAGGAUGGCUUAUUCAAAUAUUUUACGCUUAAUUUAAUGGCAAUCUGCUCUAUGAUAACCAUAUCUGAUCUUAUGAUAGAUAUAACAAACAUCGUAGAUCUCUUCACUAAUGUUAGCGAAAAUACAAAAAACUCGUUAGUUUUGGUUCGUCUUGAAAAGACUUAUUGA